AUGGGAAGAAGACAUAGACAUGUAACUGAUGAGGACGAUGAGGAGAACCUUGGUGGUGAUGAUGAUGAUGGAGAUGAUGAUGUGUAUAUGUAUCCGGUUGACAUGCACCCUGAUGAGCGGUAUGCUUAUAGAGAGGCGGUUCGAACAUCAAAACCUGCUGAAUGGAAUCGACAACAAGAAGAACAUUUUGUAAAAGAUCCAUCACUGCCUGAUGCACCCUCAUUGUACAAAUCUUCAGUAGCAAGACAGAAAAAUAUGAAAAAUCUUUUCAAAGGUGGUGCCAUCAAGGAAACCAUAGGACGUUUGAUCAGUAAGUUCUUCAUAUAUGAGAGUGUUCCGCCCAUUAAAGCAGACUCUCACCACUUCAAGAACAUGAUUGUUGGUGUACAACAAGCAGGUAUGGGUAUAGAACCACCGUCUCCUUAUGAAAUCAAACACAAGCAUUUGGAUAUGGAGUACAAAGACAUGGAAGCUUAUGUCAAUAUUCAAAGAGAAAAGUGGAAGACUUAUGGAUGCACGAUUAUGUUUGACGGAUGGACUGGGUCCACGAAAUUAAGCAUAAUUAAUUUCAUGGUAUAUUCAAAAGGUAGCACAAUCUUCCUCAAAUCUGUUGAUGCAUCAAAUAAUAUAAAGGACAACAAAUACAUAUAUGGUUUGUUGAAGGAUGUGAUCAAGGAAGUUGGGAAACAAAAUAUGGUACAAAUAGUUAUAGAUAAUGGGUCAGCAUUCGUGAAGGCGAGGAAGUUGUUAAUGAAGAAAUACAAUCUUUAUUGGACUCUGUGUGCAACACAUUGCAUCGACUUAAUGUUCGAAGACAUCGGUAAAAGGACGAGUGUUGUAGAUAUGAUUACAAAGGCUCGAAAGAUAACCAACUUCAUUUAUAACCAUAGUUGGUUGCUUGCGCAGAUGCGGAAGGUGUGUGGUGGAGACAUAGUUCGUCCUGGAACAACAAGAUUUGCAACCAAUUAUAUGGCCCUCAACAGUCUUUUGAAAAAGAAGGCAAACUUGAAGAAAGUGUUUAUCAGUGAUGAAUGGGCACAACACAACUUAAGUCGCACAUUAAUCAGCGAAGAAGUUGAAUCGCUUAUGUUUGACCAUGCGUACUGGGAGAGAGUGGGAAAGCUAGUGUCAAUAUAUGAGGCGUUAUACACGGUUCUUCAUAUUGUCGAUUCAGAAGUUGUUUCUACAAUGCCAUUUGUUUACGAAUUGAUUCGAGUUAUGAAAGAGAACCUCAUUCGACUUAAUGCUAAAGAAUGGGUGUUAGAAAUAAUUGCAGAUCGUUGGGAUAAAACUCUUAAACAUCCUCUUCAUGCAGCAGCAUUUUUUCUUAAUCCAAGAUUUCAAUAUAAACGUGGAGUUGGUACUGAUCCUAAUCUACUUCAAGCUGUUCAUGAAGUCUUUACAAAAUUAGAUCUUACAUCAGAAGGUCUUAGUCAAUUUGGAAAUGAGAUUAUACUAUUCCGAGAUGCAAAAAGGUGGUUCGGUGAUCGAGCAACGAUUGCUUCGAGGUCAGAAAUGGUUCCCGAUGAGUAUUAUUUGUGA